GGAACCUCGAGUUGUUCAAGCACACAACGCAAAGAGGAUCCUCAGCCGCAUGAUUUAGGGCUUACACUCGAUUCGACUAGAGUGUACACAAGGACAGCUCCGAAGCGUGGUCUACUCUACGAUUUAUCUGACGACUUGUCAUUGUCAUCGUCUUCGCCCUCGUGGACUGCGAAACAACAGUGCAUCUGACCAGCGGCUACAAAAGAACAGUCACCCCCUUCGCACGACAUCCUCAUCGUCGUUGAACCUCCUCUCCGAAACAAAUCUACCUGCGGCGUUUCUCGUGGAUCAGACACAAUGUCUCAGGCGGGCCACAUCAUAUCCUUCAUCAUUCUGGUGAUCGUCAUCGGUCUCGUUGCUGUCGUUGGACUCGUCGCAUACCAGAUCGCUCAUGACGUCGGACAUAACACGAAACAGAAGCUGGAGAAGAAAAAUGUAUCUUUUAGUCGCGACGGAAUGAAGGUCGGCGUGAAAGAGAGAACCCUACAGCACGAGGAGGAUGCAGCACAAAGUGUAAUCACCAAGAUCUGGAACAAUGCAUCGUGGCCGGAGUAUAAGUCGCGGUUGGGCUGGGGUCAAAGCGGUAAAAUAUCGACACCGACUUCGACCCCGACGGCUGAAAAGCGGAAUCCGUACUCACGAUCAAGUUCGGCACAAAGUGCUCCGUCGUUGUCGAGGCACGGGUCGGGUCAGGCGAAUCUGUCGAAGACGACAUCGGCAACAGCUGGGCAGAGAUAGUUGCGUGGACUUAACAUGAGAGCGAGCGUGAAUGUCCUGAAGGAUUGGUGACGAAGCGCAUGCGUUGUCUUAUGAGCGAGCUCAAGCAUUGUGGACAGGUUGUCUGACCGCACGAGCCAGCACCUGAAACGGAAGGACAGCAACGAAGGGUCUUGAAUUGUAUCAUGAUCGAUGGCGAACCUCGUGGGCAACAAUUAUGUUACCAGCAGGACGAAGUGACAUAUCAGGACAGACUGUUCCAGAAGCGGGGAUAUUGCGAGUAGCUUAUGAUAGCAGUCUGUGCCGGACAUGACUCGAGGAGAGUCGGGUUGGGGUGGUCAGGGCAACCUAGAGAGACGAUUACGGAAUUCAUACUCCCUAUGGACAUGAGUGAUCAUGUACCCGUGACGUCCCAUGCAGAU